AUGCGGGAGCUCGACUGCGAGACGCGCUUCACCUACCCGCUCGACAUCGACGUCGGCUACUACGUGGAGCUGCUGCUGGGCGGCCAGCAGUCGCCGGUGACGCCGCUGAACACGCACCAGUUCCGCUACCUGUCGGAGGCACGGCACCGCUGCGCCGGUGAAGACCCGCUGCGUCUGCUGCUGGUGGUCAAGUCGGCCGUGGACCACUUCGAUCAGCGCCGCGUCAUCCGACGCAGCUGGGCGUCGCAGCGGCCCGACGUGCGCCACGUGUUCCUGCUGGGCACGCGCGCCGGCCAGCCGCGCCUGCAGACGGCCGUCGCACGCGAGGCCGAUGAGUUCGGCGACGUGGUGCAGGCGCACUUCGAGGACUCGUACUUCAACAACACACUGAAGACGAUGAGCGGCAUGCGCUGGGCGGUGGAGCAGUGCGGCGGCGCAGAGCAUGUGCUCUUCGCGGACGACGACAUGUACGUGUCGGUGGUGAACGUGCUGCGGCUGGUGGCGGCGCCGCGCACCUACCCGGCCACUCUGAUGGCCGGCUACGUGUUCCACACGUGGCCGAGGCGGCAGCGCUUCAGCAAGUGGUACGUCUCGGUGGAGGAGUACCCGUUCAACCAGUGGCCGCCGUUUUGUCCGGCCGGCGCGUACCUGCUGUCGCGCUCCGCCCUGCGCCGCAUCCUGUACACCAGCUACUACACCAAAAUGUUCAGGUUCGACGACAUCUAUAUCGGCCUGGUGGCCAAAAAGGCCGGCAUGGAACCGGUGCAUACGGAGCACAUCCACUUCUGGGAGCGGCCGUACGACGCGCAUGGCUACCGGGACGUGGUCGCCUCCCACGGCUUCCACGACCCGGACCGGCUGCUGGCCGUCUGGCAGGAGCAGCACCGGCUGGGUCGGGCCUGA